AUGAUGAACGCACCACAGCCCGUCGACACCUCCUACAAUCCUCAAGACCUGUUAAACAAGAUAAAGUCAGACACGGCACGGCAUGAACAAGAGCGGGAGAAGAGAUACCGCAAGGCGGUGGAGCCGCUCUGCCAGGAGCUCAGCAAGCUCCAUAAGGCGAGCAUGGCCUCCUUGAUGGAGUUACCGAACGGAGGAUUGGAUUGGCAGCUGCGACAUGUUGCCAAGAGCGAAAAAAAAGUCCAGGGAAAGGAGAUGGGGUGUGCCCAUUAUAUAAAAAAAUGUCAGUAG